CUCCCAGAAAACCCCACCCUCCCUCCCUCGCUCCCACAUACACGCACUCUCACACCCCACUUCCCUCUGUUGAACUCUGCACCGUCUCUAUCACUCUCCGGCGAUGCAGGACCUACGACGUUGCUCAGACGAUGUCUUCCGCCUCGACCUGACCUCUCUGGCCACCGCAUCCUCCUCGCCCCUAUCCAUCGACGCGGCCGAGUCGGUUGAGGCCCGAAUCCGGCGCCUCAUAUCCGAGCACCCGGUGAUUAUCUUCAGCCGAUCCUCCUGCUGCAUGUGCCACGUCAUGAAGAAGCUCCUCUCCUCCAUCGGCGUCCACCCCACCGUCAUCGAAUUGGACGACCGCGAGAUCGCCUUCCUCCCGUCCUCUUCCGAUACAAACACCGACUCCCCCCGCACACCCGCCCCUGCCGUAUUCAUUGGCGGCACCUCUGUUGGAGGCUUGGAGUCUCUCGUUGCCCUCCACCUCAGUGGCCACCUCGUCCCCAAGCUCGUCGAAGUCGGUGCUCUCUGGGUAUGAUAUCUUUAUUCUCUUCGUUAGCUUAAUUUCCGUUCGACGGUCAAUACUCUGGUAACAGUCGUAGAACAGGAAGAAGAAGAGCAGGAAUACUGCGAGUUCGUGUCUGAAGUAUUAUUUGCAUGAGGGGUACUCGCUCUUUUAGAUGCAACACGUGUACUAAAACUCCAAAUACGUCGACGUUACGUUUCGUUUCGUUUCGUUUUAAUCACUUUUCUGUCUUAAUCUAGUUCAGGAAAUUAAAGUAUGUAGAUUAUAGGGUCCCACCAUGUGGGGGCCACUUGUCAGUUGUCAUUC